CCCAGUUUUCUAGACACAAAGGACUGGAUGAGCUCUGACACGUAUGUGGCAUCUGCGUGGUCCCUCCCACACCAGCCCUCUGGGCUAUAGUUUUCCACUCUGACUGACUUCCCACCCCUGCUCAUUGCCACACAGGGAAGCCAGAGUCACAGUCUGCAGACUUCACACAGUUCUGUGAAUUUGCCUAAACAAGACAAUGACGUAUGAAAACUUCCAGAACUUGGGGAACGAGGAGAAAACCCAGGAGCCUGGGAAAGCGGCUCCCCCCCAGUCCUUCCUGUGGAAUAUCUUCUCUUGGACCCGCCUCCUCCUGUUCUCCCUGGUCCUCGGCCUCCUGCUGCUGGUGGUUGUCUCUGUGAUUGGAUCCCAAAAUUCCCAGUUAAGGAGGGACCUAGGCACCCUGAGAGCCACUUUAGACAACGUCACCUCCAACACAAAGGAUGAACUGCAGGCCCUGAUCUCCAGGGGCAACAGCUUGCAGGAGAAGAUCAGCUCCCUGAAGGUAGAGGUGGAUGACCACAGGCAGGAGCUGCUGGCAGGACGAGACUUGAGCCAGAAGGUUUCUUCCCUGGAGAGCACGGUGGAGAAAAAGGAACAGCAAUUCAAAACAGGCCUGUCUGAAAUAACGGAGCGUGUCCAAGAGCUGGGGAAGGACUUGAAGUUCCUGACAUGCCAGUUGGCCAGCCUCAAGAACAAUGGCUCUGAAAUGGCCUGCUGCCCUCUUCACUGGGUGGAGCACGAAGGCAGCUGCUACUGGUUCUCUCAGUCUGAGAAGUCAUGGCCUGAUGCUGACAAAUACUGCCAGCUGGAGAAUGCUCACCUGGUGGUGGUCAACUCCAUGGCGGAGCAGCAAUUUAUCAAUGAUCACAAGGGCCCUGUGCCCACUUGGAUGGGUCUAACAGACCAAAAUGGACCCUGGAGAUGGGUGGAUGGGACUGACUUUGACAACGGAUUCAAGAAUUGGAGGCCACUGCAGCCCGAUAACUGGCAUGGACAUGGACUGGGAGGAGGUGAGGACUGUGCCCACUUCUCUUAUAAUGACGGUCGUUGGAAUGAUGAUGUCUGCCAGAGGGUGUACCGCUGGAUUUGUGAAACAGAGCUGAACAAAGGCAGCUAAGAGUCCCUUACCCCUAACUUAUACCUUCAGUACCAUAAGUUCCGGAUGUCUGGCACAUCCCUGGUCUGGGUAUCUCCACCAUCUCGGGACAUUUUUUUUUCUAGGAUUUUAAGAGGUAGAUAAAGGAUGGUAUAUGAGGAAUGUAGCAUUGUGUUUGGAAUGGUAUGGACCCUGAUGCUGUGUACAGUGUGCAGCCUAUUAUUGUCAACUUAUUCUUUUAGGGUUAAAAAAAGAGAAAUAUACGUUCUAA